AUGAAGCUGGCAAGCGGCGACAUUUCUGCAGCGCAGGUGGUGCAAGAUCCGCAGCAGACUCUUCUGACGGAAAAGCAGCGCCAGCUACGUGCCAAAGUGCACAAGGAAUCGUUGGAGAGGUGUUUGCAAACCAGUUUCGGUGGCCUCGGCUACUAUGUCAUGGGCAUAGACUGCACCGGGACGGACUGUCACGAGGAGUGUGAGAGGCGGCAUUUGGAUUCUCUUGAACAGCAGCGUGGAACGUGGCCACAGCUAUCUGAAAGCCUCCUGAUCCUCUGUGCUGGGCCUGAACGCUCUGGCAGCACUUGGCUCUACAACGCCGUCCGAUUGCUACACUUGGAAGCCAAGGUGCCCUGCGACUCUUACUGGAUGGCAAAGCUAACUCGAGAGAAGCUGGAGCAACGGAUUGGCGCUCGUCCGCCGGCUGUAGUUCUCGUGAAGACUCACGAGUGGCAUCAGGGCUACGACGAUUUCGUCUCCUUGGCAAAGUACGUGGUCCUCACGCAUCGAGACCUUCGGGGCGUCGUAGCAUCCUACCGCCGCAUCAAAUGGGAAGUGGCUAUUCCAGAUGCCUAUGUUUCAGAGCACUUGGAGUGGUGUAGGCGAGCGACGCUGGACCUGGCAUAUGAGGAUAUCAUGCGGCGCGGGAGCGAAGUUCUCCGAGAACUGGCGCAGCACUUGAACCUUCAGCUGGGUGAUGAGAGCCUAGCGAAG